AUGGAGGAGGAGAAGGUAUCAGAAUCUCCAGCCGAGGAUUCGUCGAAGUCAAAGGUGGCCGCGCCAGCGUCGACGGGGGCAGGGACACGGCAUCCGGUGUAUCGCGGGGUGAGGAAGCGGCGGUGGGGGAAGUGGGUGUCAGAGAUAAGGGAGCCGCGGAAAAAGUCGAGGAUUUGGCUCGGCUCUUUUCCCACCGCCGAGAUGGCGGCGCGAGCGUACGACGUCGGCGCUCUCUGCCUCAAAGGCCGUAAGGCGCUCCUCAACUUCCCCGAUUUGAUCGACAUUCUCCCCCGCCCCUCCUCCUCUAUGCCCCGCGACAUACAGGCGGCGGCCGCCGCCGCCGCUGCCAUUUCUCGUCCCGCAAUGGUCAUGUCGGAUUCGAGGGAGUUGGAAAUUGCGCUGCCUUCUUCGAUCUCUUCAUUGGAGGAGAAGCCAUCGUCAGGUGGAGACGAGGACGACGACUUCUGGGUGGAGAUCGGGGAGCUUCCCGCGCUUGUGGGCGGGCGGUGCAUGCCGGCGGACUCAAAAGGGGAUAUGUGGGAAGACCCUUGGGGGCCAUCGUUCGGAAACCCAUAG